AUGGCAGCAGCUCCUGUCGCGCCUCUUCCAGGUGGUGGAGUUGGAGCGGUGGCGGCUCAAGCUCCACCUCCCGCGGGUUCGGAAGACACGUGGGUAGUCAUGGAGUCCGAAGGCCCUUACAGGCGAGGAGAUGUUCUUGCUCAGGAUCCUACCCCGCUUCCCGCCAACUCCAUCGUCCAAGGGCUGAAAGCCCUGGUUCCAGCCGGCCCAGAGUUCAUCUAUGCGAAGAAGGUCAGAUCAGAGGAUGCUCCGUCCCUCAAGCUCGAUGAUCUCAGGAUCCUGCCGGUGUACUUCGAUAGCCAAGGAACUCGGCGGAGGGAGUUCAACAUUGCCGUCGGGCUGAUGAACGACACGCCUCCGCAGGGCGGAGGCCUUCAGCUCACUGGCCCGGCCACUGUCAUGAACAUCCUCAAAGGCAUGAGGGAUCAGAACUUCACUCCGACGACUUUCCACGAACACUGGUUGAGGGUUGGUGAGAUCCCGAAAGGAGACAGAUCCAUUUACAAGCACGAGUGCUUGAGCCGAAUACUCGAGGCCUUCGUGACCAUCGAUCAGGUGAAUGCCCCAGCACUUCAAGGACUGGAGCUCGUCUGUCGCCGCAUGCAGGUCAUCAGAGAAGCCCACCGCAUCUCGCCUUCUGCUCCAGAUUAUUCAGCUGCCGAUCAUUUCAUGGGGUGGCGAUACCGAAAGGCCUCACAGGUCGAUUCCGAUCUCGCGGCCCACGUUGCUACAGAACUCAAGAAUGAAGCUGCCAUAGCAAAGGAGUCGCGGAAGGCUCGGGAAGAGCAGAACCUUCGCCGCCGGCCUCCCAAAGGUCCCAAAGGUGGCGACGCCGCUCCGAAGGAUGACCGAUGGCGAGAGCUUUUUCCAAUGCCUUUCCUCCAGGAAUCCAAUGAGGUGAUCGAGGCUCUGAACGAGAUCUACCAGUCUCAGGCUAUCCAAGAGCUUCUGCGCACUAGCCUUUCUUAUGAUGGAGAAAUGGCUCCUAGUACAGUCAGGUCCUAUGACAGAGCCCUCAUCAGUCUGCCCGAUUGUGCCUCCUCACCGGUGCCGUUGGAGCAGGUGCUCGAUGAAAGCGGGCGGGAUACAGUCAAGGACCCCUUCCGGUGCAUGAUGUUGUCGGAAGAUGAGUGGGGAGAAGUGAUUGAGCAGCAUUCACCUAUCGAGCCCUACAUGGACCCUCUCCUUAAGGAUGACCUGCCUGAGUAUUCCCUGUUCAUCCAGGAUUUGUUCCACAAGAAUAUGGUCGAGUUCACAGAGGCACCCAGGGAUUGCGUCACUCCGUUUUUCGUCGCUAAAAAGUCGGGGCGACUCCGCAUGGUUCUGGACUGUCGGACUGUGAACCGGCGCUUCAGGCCUCCGCCUCCCUUGGCGCUUUCGGCCGGCUACUCCUGGUCUAGGCUGCGGGUGCCGAAAGGGAAGAAGCUCUACAUUGCCCAAAGUGAUAUUCGUGAUUACUUCUAUGCGCUGGAAAUGCCCCACAACCUUCGUCCUUUAUUUUGCCUCCCACCCGUGCCGAAACAGCUGCUUCGCGAAUGGGAUGUUCCGGCCGAUAGAGGGGGAGAUCUGGUCGGGGACAACGGGUGGGUGUGGCCAAUGCUCCGAGUCAUUCCUAUGGGGUGGAGUUGGGCAAUGUGGUUGGCACAGAAGGUUCAUGAGGAGCAAGUUCGCAUUGCAACAGGCUUCGGUCCAGAGCGCAUCCUGACGGAGGGAUCUUCAGCCCCAAGCUUGGACGAAAAUAUUCCCGUGCUCAUUCCCUAUGCGGAUAACUUGAACGUCUGCGGGCUCUGCCGAUCCGAGGUCCAGAAGGCCAAAGAGCAGGUCGUCAGCCAUCUCCAGGCGUUGGGAUUCCGUACUCAUGAGGAAAUGGACGCCGGAACUAGGGCCAUCUCCUUGGGUUUCGUGGUCGACGGGGAUGCGGGUCUUGUCUCUCCUAUUCCCGAGAAGCUGGAUAAAAUCUGCCAGGUUUUCCAAUGGCUAUCCACUCGGCCGCGCGUUGCAGGCAAGUCGGUUGAGAGACUAUUGGGGCAUGCAGUUCAUGUGGCUAUGCUUCGGAGAGAGCUGUUGAGUAUUUUUCGGUGCUUGUACGACUUCGUGCAUCAUUCGUAUUCGCAGAGAAAACGACUGUGGGCCUCCGCUGCCAGAGAGGCUCGAUGGGCAGCGCGGCUCUUGAAGCUCUGCUGCGCCGAUCUGACUCGGCAGUGGGACGGAGAAAUAACUUGUUCCGAUGCUUCUCUCUCUGGGGUUGCCGUUUGCAAGCGCUCACUCAGCCCUGAGCUCAUCGAAGAACUGGGUAGUCAAAGGGAAGUGUGGCGUUACAAGUCCUUCAACCCCACGUUGAGGCCCAGAGAUAAAGCCCUCGGAUUCGGUGAUCCUUUUACUGACCCUGCGACUGUCAAGCCGUGUCAUCCUGAAGUGGAUUUGCCAUUUACGCUUAACCGAGAAUUCAAGGAGAUCCCCAAGCAGGUGAUGGACACGAAUUCGUGGUCCCUUUCGGUUGCGGCGCACAUGACCACCCCUGAGCACAUCACACUCCUGGAGGGCAGAGGGUUCGUCGCCAGCCUCAGGCAUAAGUUACGAGCUGCGCGUAGUUUUGGAAAGAGUCACCUUCACUUGGGAGACAACUUGGGCAUGGUCCUUGCGGCCGAGAAGGGUCGUUCAGGGUCGUAUGGUCUUCUCCAAGUUUGUCGACGUUUAGCGGCUUUGACUUUGUGCUCAAACUCGCAGGUCUGCUACCGAUGGGUGCCCAGUGAAUGGAAUGUUGCGGAUGCAGGGUCCAGACGCUGGGAGGCUCUUCGAGUGAAUCAUGCUGAGGGGCGAAGUGUCCGCUCCAAAGCGAAGGAGGUCAGAGCAAAGAUCGAUGCCAGUCGAAGCCUCUUUGGCGAACCUGGAGCAGGAUCGGCUCCUUCCCAGGGCACAGGCAUCAACAGCGAAGAGGGGCAAGCGACCUUUGGGAGGAGAGAAUCGUCAAGAGAGGACUUCCAAGAGGGCUCAUUUCAUUCAGGAUCGCAUUCAACGGCCUCGCUUUCCAGGACAGUCUCUGCUGGAGCAGGAAGCGGUGACCCCAGCAGUGGGGCACGAUUACCAGAAGAGGUACACGGAGUUCACGGAAUUUGCGAAGAGGCAGCGACUACCCCUUCGUGGAGCGAAGAAGUUGGACGAGGCCUUAGUGUCCUUUCUCAACAACGCCUUCGAGCUCGGCUACGACCUGUCAGAGGCCACCAAGUUCUUCGCCGCGGUCCUCGACGCGCACCCAGGCUCUGGCCACAAGGACACCCUCCCUCGCUCCAGAAGGUGCUUGAAAGGUUGGCAUCGGCUAGAUCCGGGCAAGACACGACCGCCGCUCCCUUGGGCACUGGUAGCCCUCAUCGUAAUAGACAUGUUGCAAGCAAGAGCUCUUCAAGUGGCCGCGCUGGUGCUGUUGAUGUUCACCACGUACAUGCGGCCUGGGGAGGCUCUCAGCGUGAGAAAGGAGGACCUUAUCCUUCCCAACCGCAGCUGCAAGCAUUACAGCCUCAACCUCUAUCCAGACUUCAGGCCCGAGCGCUCAAAGAUGGGCUUAGCAGACGAGAACAUUCUCCUCGAUUCUCGCCAAGUUCCUUGGCUAGGCGAUGCUCUUCAUCUGCUGGCUCGAAAAAACGAUUGUGCCUUGCUGGAGGUGACGGUAACACAGCUCAGAAACCAGUGGGAAGCCACACUACUGAGGAUCGGUCUUCGUGGAAACCACUGCGUGCCGUACCAGCUUCGGCACUCGGGGCCGAGUCACGACCUUCUGACAAGAGCCAGGAGCAUGUUGGAAGUCAAGAUGAGAGGGAGGUGGGCGGCGGAUUCGUCGGUCAAAAGGUACGAGGCGCACGCUCGAGUGGGUCAAGAGUUCCAGGCUCUCCCAAAGAAAGUGCAGCAGAAGGCCCUAGCGGCAGCCGACAGCUUCGACCUGGUGGCCCAAAAGUUUUUUGGUGUAAAGACUCGUUAGCGCCUUGGGUCGUAGAAAUCUUUAGCGGCAGUGCAAGACUUUCAAGAACAGCUGCUCAACAUGGGUUCAAUGCGAUCGCCUUUGACAUUGCUUAUGGUCAUAAUUGUGAUGUCUUGCGCCCGUCAGUGCAAUCAUCCAUCCAGCGCUUUCUCAGGAUGCACACAAUCGCUCUUCUCUGGUUUGGAGUCCCGAGCGAAAGCUGGUCUCGAGCUCGGCGCUGGGACGGGGGGCCUACGCCUCUUCGUGCAGAUGUCUGUGUAUAUGGCCGAUCCGGCCUUUCUGGUGCAGACGUCCAAAAAGUAGAAGCUGGGAACCAACUGGUGCGUGUUACGUGCCAACUGUGCAAGUUCGCCAUUGACCAAGGCAUCUCAUGGGUUAUCGAGAAUCCUUACACUUCGCGGAUGUGGUUGACCCAAGAAGUCCAUGAAUUGCCAGCUCUCGGAGCGACGCUGCUUCGAGUAGAUCUUUGUGCAUACCGCGUGCCCUGGCGCAAAGCCACGGGUCUGCUCUCACAUGCCUUCGUUGGUUUGGACAAAGUGCUCUGCUGCUGCCGCACCAGACAUGGGCGCUGUGAAUUCUCUGGGCGCCGACACAUAGUCCUCACCGGCAAGAAUGCAGAUGGCAUGUGGUUGACUCGCAUUGCGCAGCCAUAUCCAGUCAGGCUUUGCCAUGCAAUAUGUGGCCAGUUGGCCAGCUCUCACAAUGUGGGAUAA